AUGUCGUUAGUUGCAGAACAUCAAACUCCAGAUAGUCAAAGUGAUUAUUCAUAUUCAACACCACAAAAGUAUAUUGAUGAAGAUAAAUUUAAUUUAAUGAAAAUGCAAUUAGAAGAAGAAAUUUCUGAUUUAAGAAAUAAAGUAAAGAAAUAUGAAGAGGGAUAUAACCAAAGUUUAGGAUUAUUGAAAGAGUAUGAUGCAUUAGCAAAUUAUUUUCCACCCCGAGGAGAAUUUUUUUGUUGUGGGAAAAUUGAAAAAAGUUCAUUUACAAAUGAUACAUACUCUGUAACAUUUUCAACACCAUUUUCUGAGGUACCAAGGAUUAUGGUGUGUGUAUUAUAUCCUAAAAUUAUUAAAAUAGAUGCAGCAUUUAUUUCACCAUCAUCAACUGGAUUUAUUUUAAAGAGUGCACCAGGAAUACCAAUGUUAGUUGAUGGUUCAUUUUUCUUUUGGAUGGCAUAUUGUCCAAUAAAACCAAAAUCAGAAAAGUUAAGUCAAAUAAUAGAUAAAAUGAAAGGAGUUAAAGUUAUAACAGAAAAAGAAGCAGAAAUACAAAUAAGUAAAUACAUAAGAAAAUAUGAUGUUAAUGAUGAAGAUGCUAAUGGAAAAACAUUUUUAUAUUAUGCAUGUGAAAAAUCAUAUAGAGGUCUUGUGGAGAUGUUAAUUAAUAAAGGAGCUAAUGUUAAUUGUUGUGAUGAAAAUAGAUACUCUCCACUUCAUAAAGCUUUAACAGCUGAAAAGAUUGACAUUGAAAUUAUAAAAAUGUUACUUAAUAAAAAAGCAGAUAGAGCAUUAAAAAAUGAACGUAUGAAUACUCCAUUACAUUACCUUUGUAGAAAUAAAAAUUUAAAAGAUUAUCAUGAGGUAUUAAAAUUAUUACUUGAAAGUGGUAAUGGAUCAAAAGAAGAUACAAUGAGAUAUAUUAAUGAAGUAAAUUCAUCAGGAGAAACUGCAUUAACAAAUGUCUGUGCAAAUUCAAUGGAUUUUGAAAGUAUUAAAAUGUUAUGUGAUUAUGGAGCUGAUGUUAAUCAUCAGACAAAUAAUGGAAUAUUCCCAUUAUAUUCAGCUGUAAUGAAAGGAAAUACUGAUGUGAUGGAAAUGCUUCUUAAAUAUGGUGCAAAUAUUGGUCAAGUUUAUAAAGGAAAACCAUUAUCUCAAGUAGCUGAAGAAAAAGGACAAAUGGAGAAAUUAAUGAAAAUAAUUCGAGAGAAAUAUGCCAAUGCUUCUAUGAGUGAAGAGCAAAUAAAAGCUACAGCUGAAUGUUUUGAAAAUAUUUUAUUCCCAACGGAAGUUUGGACAGAUAAUAUUAUGAAAAGUAAACCAUUACAUAUAGAUAUUUCAAACUUACCAAUGGGAGCUAAAGUUGAAAACUUCUUUACAUGUACAACACAUAAAUUUGAUAUGUUAUUAAAAAAUAACAUACAUGAUCCUCAAGCAUGUUCGUAUUAUUAUCAAAAACAUUUCUCUGAAGGAGACCAUAGUAAUUAUAUUAUUCAUACAGACACUGAUUUAGCAAUUGUUUCUAUUUCUGAUGAUAAGAAUAUUAAGAAAGUAAUUAUGAGAACAAAACGUUUUGAUACAAGAAAGAUUUAUGAAGGAAAAACUGAUCAUCAAAUUUUAAAGGAGUUAUUCCCUGAAUAUAAAGAAAAGUCAACAGUUGCUAUUAGAGGUAAACCAAUGUUUAAUGCAUUAUGUAAAUUUGAAAAUUUCUUUACUUAUAAAAGAUAUAAAUUUGGUGUAUUAUAUGCUGCUGUUGGACAAACAAAAGAAAUGGAAUUCUUUAAUAACAGAGAAGGUUCUUCUUAUUUUGAACAUUUCUUAAAUCUACUUGGAAAUAAAAUUGAAUUAUUUGGAUAUCAAGGAUUUGUUGGAGGACUAGAUACUAAAAAUCGGUUAAUGGGAGAUUAUACUAUUGUCAACACAUUCUCUCAAGGCAAUAUCGAUAUAGCUUUUCAUAUUUCAACAUGGCUCCCUUUCAUGGAAACUAAUGACCAACAACUAGAUAAGAAAAGACAUAUUGGUAAUGAUGUUGUUGUAUUAAUUUUUAAAGAAUAUGCAGGAACUCCUGAGCCAAUUGAUAUUUCUUCAUUUAAAACACAGUUUAAUCAUGCGUUCAUAAUUGUUGGGUUUGAUGUUACACAACAAAAUGCUCCUGAAGAUUAUGAAUAUUCUGUUAAUAUUUGUUGUAAAAAAGAUGUUGCACCAGUUGCACCAUUUAUUACAACUGAUAAAUAUAAAUACAGCAAUUCAUUCUCUCAAUUUUUAAUUGCUAAAUUAAUCAAUGCAGAACGAUCAGCACAAAAUUCAUUAACUUUCAGAGCAAAAAGAUUAACUAUUAGACAAAAUCAAUUAGAAUCUAUUAUGAAUAACUUUGCCAAAAGAAGUAAUUAA